UCGCGAAAGCUUCACUGAAUUGAAAGGAAAAAUGUCGUUGAGCGAGGUGAUGCUUAAAACCCUCAUUCCAAGUAACUUCUUGGACUCAGACGACGAAGAGAUAAAGUCCUUAACGUGCCCUCCAGAGACCGACGAUCUGCAAAGAAACGAGUUUCACAUGUUUAACGACUACUUUGGUUUAAGCAACCUAGUGCAGAGAGUGAGACAAGCGAACAAUGAUUUCGACUAUUUCACUGGAGAAGAAUUCGGAGUAAGCAAAUUGCAGCCGAGACGAGACCGAUUUGACAGCAUUGAUUCGGAAAACUCCUCGUCUGGUAGCUGUGAUUCAUUUACAGAUCACUUUGGAGAUGGGCCUUUCCAGCCUUUCAACUCGUCCUCGCUUUUGCAUAGUGCAGCAUCUAAGAGGAAAGAAGCUGUUGUGCCUCCGAGUCGGCGGAUUAAACCGUCUGCAAGAGCACCCGCUCCGGCGAUCUCAAAUCGUGGUACAGUGUGCGUUUUCUGCAGAAACAACGGCGAGAGCGAGGAAGUUUACCUAUCUCAUCUGUUAAAAGGUCCAGAUGGAAAGACGACAUGUCCGAUUCUGAGAGCUUAUACCUGUCCAAUUUGCAAAGCAAGCGGGGAUGAGUCGCAUACGAUCAAGUAUUGUCCUCAAAACCAGCAAGCGCAAGCAAAUGGCGGUCAGUUGCCGAAGGUGCCCAGGAAUAAUAACCGUAUUCUACCUAAGAGAAGUCGCUGAACCUGCCUUGCUGUUUCCAAAGUAAGAAUUUAAGUGGAAUCAUUAUGUAAAGAUUUUUUGAGGGUAAAUUUAGAGUUUAUACGCCGAUUUUAAAUUUAUAUACGGGUUGUUGUGUUAUUUGUUUACUAUGGGAUCGCUCCACUAUUUCUAAGACAGCGUGCAGCAGUGCUAAAGAUCGCGGCGAACUAAAUUAUUAUUGCGUUUAUAUUAAACAAAACCCACAAAUGACGGUGCAGGUUGCUGCUAUUACUAUCAUUAAGGUCUCUUUCAUUCAAGGCGUGUUUUUAUCGUUAGUACAAUUUCAAUUUCCCUUUCGAGGCUUCAUAUUUUCGUGUGAUAUGGACGCAUGGCCUUCAAUGUUCAGAUGUUUUGUUAGGUUAAAUUCGCGCGGCGAUCUUUAUUUAGAACGGAAAUUUCAGGAAGAUUGUUGUUAAAUUUUAGUAUUUAGUUUCCCACAGAGGAUGUUGUGUAAAUGUUGCGGAAAUUACAAUAUUUUCCCCCUAAAAAGGUUGGAGUUUCUAGUUAGAGGUUUAACUUAUCGAAUAUGUAUCUAUGUAAAAUUUUUGAAUUGUAGCAAAUACAGUAUUGAAUUUUCACCCUAACUAAGUGUAAAGUAUUUUAAUAUCAAAGUGUUGAUUAAGAAUUUGGCCCAAAAAACCGAGAGAUUAUGAUUAACAAUGCGUUUUUAUAAUUCCCAAUUCUUCUAUAAGGGAGGUUUCUCAAUAAUUUGACGAUAUUUACGAUGUAGAAAAUUUGCUACUUUGAAAGUAGGUUUAAUAUACUGCCCAGUUGUAGUGGUGGAUUUUUAAAUAAAUUUUAUUCUAAUUUUAAACAGCUGUGUUCCAAAUACUGGCUGUAAAUGAUGUAAUGAAAAAUCAAGGUUUAUGAAAAAGUUUUUCUAAUAUUAAGACGGACAUGGCUCUUUAUUCUAACGUCCAAGGUUUGCAUACGAUUGUAUUUAAGUUUAUACAUUUAGCAUAAUUCUAAUGCCAGAGAAGAAAUUUUGUAUGGAUUAUUCAAAGGAAGAGAAAGAUUAAAACCUCGUUUUGCAAUUUCUACUUCAUUGUCC